UCGCGCGCCCGCCGCCCGCUCUCUCUCGGCCGCUCCGACGCCAGCAGCGCCCGCGUGCCGCUCGCCCAGCCCCGGGGGAGCCCGAGGAAGUUUCCCGGGCCGCGUGCCCCGCUCGCUCGCCUCGCAGUCCGCGGCCUCACCCGCCGCCGCGCCCGCCAUGCCCUCGGUCAAACAAAGGGGCUCCAAGGGCGGCCACGGGGCCGCGAGCCCUUCGGAGAAGGGCGCCCACCCGUCGGGCGGUGCGGAUGACGUGGCGAAGAAGCCGCCGCCGGCGCCGCAGCAGCCGCCGCCGCCCGCGCCGCACCCGCAGCAGCACCCGCCGCAGCAUCCGCAGAACCAGGCGCACGGCAAGGGCGGCCACCGCGGCGGCAAGUCUUCCUCCUCCGCCGCCGCCGCCGCCGCCGCCGCCUCGUCCUCGGCGUCCUGCUCGCGCAGGCUCGGCCGGGCGCUCAACUUUCUCUUCUACCUCGCCCUGGUGGCGGCGGCCGCCUUCUCGGGCUGGUGUGUCCACCACGUCCUGGAGGAGGUCCAGCAGGUCCGGCGCGGCCACCAGGACUUCUCCCGGCAGAGGGAGGAGCUGGGCCAGGGCUUGCAGGGCGUCGAGCAGAAGGUGCAGUCUCUUCAAGCCACAUUUGGGACUUUUGAGUCCAUCUUGAGAAGCUCCCAGCAUAAACAGGACCUCACAGAGAAAGCUGUGAAGCAAGGGGAGAGUGAGAUCAACCGGAUCAGUGAAGUUCUGCAGAAGCUCCAGAACGAGAUUCUCAAAGACCUCUCUGAUGGCAUCCAUGUGGUGAAGGAUGCCCGGGAGCGGGACUUCACGUCUCUUGAGAACACGGUGGAGGAAAGGCUGACGGAACUCACCAAGUCCAUCAACGACAACAUUGCUAUCUUCACCGAAGUCCAGAAGAGGAGCCAGAAGGAAAUCAGCGAUGUGAAGGCGAAGGUUGCCUCCCUGGAAGACUCCGAGGGCUAUAAGCAGGAUUUGAAAGCCUUGACGGAAGCUGUGAAGGAAACACAGUCCUCUGUGAGGUCCAGAGAAAAGGACAUCGAGGCCCUGAGAAGCACCCUCCAGACCUUGGAGUCUGAUGUCUACACUGAGGUCAAGGAGCUGGUGAGCCUCAAGCAGGAGCAGCUGAAGUUCAAGGAGGCGGCCAAUUCGGAGCACCUCACCUUGCAGGCCCUCACAGAGAAGCUCCUGCAGUCCGAGGAGGUCACCUCCCGCCUUCCUGAGGAGAUCAGGAGACUCAGGGAGGAGCUGCGCCACCUGGAAGCCGAGGCCCUUAGGCCGGAAGAAGAUGGGGUUUACAAACACUCUGACUCCUUGGCGGCGCUCCAGGAGAAGAGUCAGGGACUGGACUCCAGGCUCCAAACUGUGGAAGACGGCAUGGAUGCCGUGCAGACGGCCUCCACCCGGCACAGUGAGGACCUGGAGGCCCUGCUGGCCAAGAGUGAGGAGCACGAGCGGCGCCUGGCCGCCCUGCAGGAGCACGUGGUGGGCCUGGGCCCUUCGGGGGCUGACGCGGGCGGCCUGGCCGGCACGGUGGGGAGCCUGGGGGAGGCCCAGCUCUCGCUCUACAGCGACGUGGAGGAGCUGAAGAGAAGCGUGGGUGAGCUCCCCAGCACCGUGGAGGCUCUCCAGAAGGUGCAGGAGCAAGUCCACACGCUGCUGGGCCAGGACCCGGCCCGGGCGGCCCCCUUGCCUCAGGACUUCCUGGACAGACUCUCUUCUCUAGACAACCUCAAAGCCUCAGUCAGCCAAGUGGAGUCGGACUUGAGGAUGCUCAGGACUGCUGUGGACAGUUUGGUCGCCUACUCGGUGAAAAUAGAAACCAACGAGAACAACUUGGAAUCAGCUAAGGGCUUGUUAGAUGACCUGAGAAAUGACCUGGAUAGGUUGUUUUUGAAAGUGGAAAAGAUUCACGAAAAAGUCUGAAUGAAUUGCGUGUGUAGGGUGCAGAGUUAAGUCGUUUCUCAUGACCAAAAAAUGUGUUGUUUUCUUCCAUCGCGCCCUACCCCCCAUGUUCUUUGUCCCCUCUUAAAAAGCAGUGGACACCCCCCCUGAACACCAAGGCAUUUUAUGUUUUUGUGCCCAGUUAAUUUAUUUACGAGUAUUACCA